UUUCAAUUUCAGUCGCAGAGGUACGCUCGCACCUCCAUCUCUCUCUCAUCCAUUUCAAGCUUGUAUUUUGGAGUAUCAUUUUUUAUGUCCUUACCCGCAACCAUAUAUGGUGCAAUUACUUCUUGCUAUAAAAUCGCAUAUCUUCCCAGCCAUUUUGUCUGUUCCUUCCCGUGUUUCCUGCCUAUCCUUUCCUUUCAUAUCCUUCUCUCUUUGCAUCCUUUGCAAUGGAGAUAUAGCGGCCGUUGCCGUUUCUCAUCCUACUUGGAUUCAUCUGCGUGCUACCCAGCAACCCAAGGUCUAAAUUAUCAGUGAAUAAGUGCACUCCAAAUGGCUUCGGGGAAAUAUUUGAGAAUAGACAAUAGAAGAUCAUCAUCAAGUUACUGGUCGACGGUGACUGUUGUGUUUGUGGCUUUAUGCUUGGUUGGAGUUUGGAUGAUGACAUCAUCCUCUGUAGUUCCUGUCCAAAAUGCAGAUUCGACUCAUGAGAGUAAGAAUGAAGUAAGCGAAAAGACUGAGGUUGAAAAACAGGUGAAUGACAGAAACAAGGGCAAUUCUCAACAAUUUCGAGAUGAUCAAAGUGAUUUGCCUGUGGAUACAACCAUGGUUGAUGAUGUCUCUAAAAGUAAUUCUAAUGUCCCUGAAUACACAGUGAGCAACAAAGAUAAGAAGGAAACUUCUAAUAUGGAAGAGGCUGAAGAUAAUACAGUUAAAAAGAAAUCUGAUUCCUAUGAGGGUGAGAAUAAGUCUGAUUCUAUUGAUAAUAGAAAGUUCAAUUCAGAUGGAAAUGAAAAUCAAUCAUAUGGUCCAAGUGAAACAACAGAUAGUAAGAUAGAAGAGAAGGUAGAACAAAGGACUAACAAUGAGUCUGAUGAAAGUUCUAGUGAGAAGAAAACAGAUGAUUAUGUGCAGAGCCAGAGUUCAAAGGCAGUGUACCCUUCUGGAGUGCAGUCAGAACUUUUGAAUGAAAGUACCACUAGAAUUGGGUCCUUUUCAACUCAGGCAUCAGAGUCAAAGAGUGUAAAAGAGUCUCAAAAUUUAUCUAAGCAGCCUUCUAGUGUAUACAAUUGGAAACUUUGCAAUGUCACUUCUGGUCCUGACUUCAUCCCAUGCCUUGACAAUUGGCAAGCAAUUAGAAAUCUCCGGACUACCAAGCACUAUGAACAUCGAGAAAGACAUUGUCCUGCAGAAUCUCCUACCUGCCUUGUUCCUCUUCCUGAAGGAUAUAGAACUCCGAUUGAGUGGCCUAGAAGCAGAGAUAAGAUAUGGUAUCACAAUGUUCCGCAUACGAUGCUUGCGCAAUACAAGGGUCACCAGAAUUGGGUAAAAAUGGCUGGCGAGUACCUUACUUUUCCUGGCGGUGGAACUCAGUUCCAGCAUGGGGCACUUCAUUACAUUGACUUUAUACAACAGUCUGUACCUGAAGUUGAGUGGGGGAAACACACACGUGUGGUAUUGGAUGUUGGAUGUGGUGUUGCCAGCUUUGGAGGCUUUCUCUUUGAGAGGGAUGUACUCACUAUGUCAUUUGCGCCAAAGGAUGAACAUGAAGCUCAGGUACAAUUUGCACUUGAAAGAGGAGUUCCCGCUAUAUCAGCUGUCAUGGGCACAAAGAGGCUUCCCUUCCCUGGAAAAGUAUUCGAUGCUGUCCAUUGCGCACGCUGUAGAGUGCCAUGGCAUGUAGAAGGUGGUAAGCUUCUCUUGGAGCUGAAUCGAGUAUUGCGACCUGGUGGCUUGUUUUUGUGGUCUGCUACUCCUGUUUAUCAGAGGCAAGCUGAAGAUGUUGAAAUAUGGGAAGCCAUGAAAGUGCUAACAAAAGGAAUGUGCUGGGAAGUUGUGUCAAUCCAAAGGGAUAGACUGAAUAAGGUGGGUAUAGCUAUUUACAGGAAGCCAAAAUCUAAUGAGUGCUACAUGAAACGUUUAGAGGAUGAGCCUAGUCUCUGUCCAGACUUUGAUGAUCCUAAUGCAGCAUGGAACGUUCCAUUACAGGCUUGCAUGCACAAAGCACCUGAGAAUUCAACUGAGCGUGGAUAUAAAUGGCCAGAGGAAUGGCCAGCCAGACUGUCCAAACCACCUUACUGGUUGUUGAGUUCCCAAGUUGGAGUUUAUGGAAAGCCUGCCUCUGAAGAUUUUACCGCUGAUUAUGAAAACUGGAAAAAUAUUGUAUCCGGGUCUUAUCUAAAUGGGAUUGGAGUUAAUUGGUCAAAAGUUAGGAAUGUCAUGGAUAUGAGAUCUGUCUAUGGAGGUUUCGCUGCAGCUUUAAGGGAUUUAGACGUUUGGGUCAUGAAUGUGGUUUCAAUAGACGCGGCUGACACUCUUCCUAUUAUCUACGAACGCGGCCUUUUUGGCAUAUAUCAUGAUUGGUGCGAAUCUUUCAGCACUUAUCCUAGGAGUUAUGAUCUCCUCCAUGCCAAUAAUCUGUUUUCGAAGCUUAAGAAGAGUUGUAAUUUGACAGGUGUCGUCACCGAGGUUGAUCGGAUUCUGAGGCCAGGAGGAAAGUUCCUUGUUCGCGACAAUUCUGUGAUGAUUAAGGAAAUUGAGGGGAUGGUGAAGACUUUGCAUUGGGAGAUCCUCACUAGUUACUCUAAGAAUAAGAAUGGAUUUUUAUGCGCUCAGAAGUCCACGUGGCGGCCUAAGAAGAGGGAGACAAUCCUAUAUGCUCUUGCUCUCCCUAAAGAUCUUCAACGUGAUCAAAAUAUCGACAAGGUGAUACCGUAGGAGGGUGACUUUUUUGUUUUAUUUAUUUAAUUUUAUUUUGGGUGCAGAUUUGGUAGGAUAAGUAUUGUUAGAAGCUUGUCGAUUUGGAUCUCCUCGAUUUAGAGGGUUAUUUUCUUGUUUUCGUUAACGUUGUUGGUAUUGCUGUCAGUUUGAUUGCGUUCUUGCAAUUGUAAAGCCCAUUUUGGUUGCUAGAAGCCUAGUAAAAUUCUUCGGUACUGGUUAGGGUUUA